UGAGGAGAAAGUGGAGGAGGAGGAGGAGACGAAGAGGGAGGAGAGUGAGAACAGUGGGCAUGGGCAGAAGGAUGACCCAGCAGAAGGGUGCGAUGGGAGGACGGAAGGGUGGGAUGAGAGGGCAGUAAACAUGGUGGAAGAAAAGAAAGGCUAUAGCGAAGGGGGUAGGAUGGGGGGGAAGGGAGACGGUGAGAUGGGGGGAACGGAACGGGAGGAGGAGGUAGAGGAGAAUAGGGAGGAGGAAGUAGAGGAGAACGGGGAGGAGGAAGUAGAGGAGAAAGGGGAGGAGAAGGAGAACGGGGAGGAGGUUAUGGAGAAAGGAAAGGAGGAGUUAAAGAAGAAAAGGGGGGAGGAGGUAAAGGAGAAAGGGGAGGAGGAAGUAAAGGAAAAAGGAGAGGAGGAGGAAAAGGAGAAAGGGGACGAGGAGUUAAAGGAGAAAAAGGAGGAGGAAGUAAACGAGAUUGGGGAGGAGGAGGUAAAGGAGAAAGGAAGGGAGAAAGGGGAAGAGGAGAAAAAGGAGAACGAGGAGGAGGCUAUGGAGAAAAAGGAGGAGGUAAAGGAUGAAGGAGAGGAGGAUGAGAGGAGGGACGGAGGGGAGGUUUUGGGGAACCAGGGACGCCAGGGAGUGGCGGGCAGGACGGAGGAGGGCAGGAAGGAGGAGGGCAGGACGGAGGAGGGCAGGAAGGAGGAGGGCAGGAAGGAGGAGGGCAGGACGGAGGAGGGCAGGACGGAGGAGGGCAGGACGAAGGAGGGCAGGAAGGAGGAGGGCAGGAAGGAGGAGGGCAGGAAGGAGGAGGGCAGGACGGAGGAGGGCAGGAAGGAGGAGGGCAGGAAGGAGGAGGGCAGGAAGGAGGGCAGGAAGGAGGAGGGCAGGAAGGAGGAGGGCAGGACGGAGGAGGGCAGGAAGGAGGAGGGCAGGAAGGAGGAGGGCAGGACGGAGGAGGGCAGGACGGAGGAGGGCAGGACGGAGGAGGGCAGGACGGAGGAGGGCAGGACGGAGGAGGGCAGGACGGAGGAGGGCAGGAAGGAGGAGGGCAGGAAGGAGGAGGGCAGGAAGGAGGAGGGCAGGAAGGAGGAGGGCAGGACGGAGGAGGGCAGGACGGAGGAGGGCAGGACGGAGGAGGGCAGGACGGAGGAGGGCAGGACGGAGGAGGGCAGGACGGAGGAGGGCAGGAAGGAGGAGGGCAGGAAGGAGGAGGGCAGGAAGGAGGAGGGCAGGACGGAGGAGGGCAGGAAGGAGGAGGGCAGGAAGGAGGAGGGCAGGAAGGAGGAGGGCAGGAAGGAGGAGGGCAGGAAGGAGGAGGGCAGGACGGAGGAGGGCAGGAAGGAGGAGGGCAGGAAGGAGGAGGGCAGGACGGAGGAGGGCAGGACGGAGGAGGGCAGGACGGAGGAGGGCAGGACGGAGGAGGGCAGGAAGGAGGAGGGCAGGAAGGAGGAGGGCAGGAAGGAGGAGGGCAGGAAGGAGGAGGGCGAGGGUGAAAUGACAGCAAGGAAUGAAGCGAAGGUGAUCCGGUGUGGCGAGCUGGAGCGACAAGGGAGUGAGUGGGAGGAGAAGGAGACACACAAAUCACCCCAGAAGACACAGGAGGGGUCGUCUGGGCCUCUCUCCAGCGCGGCUACCCACGACUGGGCUGCUGUGGUUGCUGCUGUUACCCAGUCUCCUCUUGCCGCUGCGCUUACUCCUAGCGCAACAAGCGACCCUGUUGUUGCUCCUGCUGCUCCUGCUGCCGCUGCUGCUGCUUCCGUGCUUCUCACUGCUGCUGCUACCCAAAACUGGGCUGCUGUGGUUGCUGCUGUUACCCAGCCUUCUAUUGCUGCUGCUCCCCCUGCUGCUGCCGCUGCUGCUGCUCCUGCUUUUCACUCCCCAAACAUCUCUGCUGCUCCUCCUGCUGCUGCCGCCGCUGCCGCCGCUGCUGCUGCUGCUGCUGCGGAUGGUGCUGUUUCAGGCCCUGCUGCCGCUUCCCCCGAGGAUCACACAGCUAAGCCGUCUGAUCUUUCCAGCAAGGACGCUCAUGGGGAACGUGUUACAGCUGCUGCUGCUGCCCGUGCUGCUGCUGGUGCGGAUGCUGGUGCUGAUGCUGGUGCUGAUGCUGGUGCGGACGCUGCUGUUCCAGGCCCUGCUACCGCCUCUCCUGAGGACCACGCGGCUAAGCCUUGUGAUAAUGGCAGCAAUGGCGCUGACCCUGCUACUGCUGCAGAUGCAGCAGAUGCUGGUUGUUCCACCGCUGCGGCCGCUGCUGGCGAUGCUGCCGCUGCUAGCGAUGCUGAUGGCAGUGUUGCUGCUGCUGUUGAAUUUAGUGCUGAAACGAGGAUGGAUAUGAGGGCUAAAGUUGGUGUGCAGAAUGCAACAGUAGAUGCUGAGAGUGUUCCACAGCCCUCUCCUUCCACGUUCAACGAAUCAGCUCCCACUCUUAAGAGAGAAGAAGUGAUUCUGACUCGUGAAACUGACGCUGAGACUGCUGCUGCAAAUAGUACCGACGCCGCUGCUGCUGAUGCCGCUGCUACUGAUGCCGCUGAUACUGAUGCCGCUGCUGCUGAUGCCGCUGAUACUGAUGCCGCUGCUGCUGAUGCCGCUGAUACUGAUGCCGCUGCUGCUGAUGCCGCUGAUACUGAUGCCGCUGCUGCUGAUGCCGCUGCUACUGAUGCCGCUGCUGCUGCUGAUGCUGCUGCUGGUGCUGCUGCUGCUGCUGCUGCUGCUACUGAUGCUGCUGCUACUGACACUUAUAACAUUACUGCUGAGAUUGCUGCUGCUUCUACUGCUGCUGCCUCCUCUGAUGCGACUAAAUCUCCUGAUGCUGCUGGCGCUGCUGUUGCUGUUGCUGAUGCUGAUGCUGCUCCAAGUGCAGAUGCUGGUGCUUCAGGUGCCACAGCAGCAGGUGCCUCAGGUGCCACAGCAGCAGGUGCCUCAGGUGCCACAGCAGCAGGUGCCUCAGGUGCCACAGCAGCAGGUGCCUCAGGUGUCACAGCAGCAGGUGCCACAGCAGCUACAGCAGGUGGUACAGCUGUGAGCGCAGCUCUCCCCCCAAAAAGAGUUCGCCUCACCACAGCUUAUCUGCGGAGGAUGCUCGCUGUAAAGAUCAGCGAAGGAGGGAGUGUGAGAGGGGCAAGAGGAGGAGGAGGAGGAGGAGGAGGAGGAGGAGGAGGAGGAGGAGGAGGAGGAGGCAGUUCAGGGCGAGUAGCAGGUGGAGGGGGGAGUGCAAGCAAGGGCCGUGUGAAUGGGCGUGCACCAUCAGCAUUGCUGCCACCCGCCACCCACCUCUCUCCAGCUGAGGAGCAGCAGGCUCUCGCUUUCCUCUUGGCCCAACCCCCCACUCGUUCCCCCUUCACUGCCCCUCCCUCCUCUCUUCCCUCGCUCCUUCCUGCCCCUUUGCCUCCUUCCCGUCCUCUGGCUCCCAGCCAACACCCGGUCACAGCAGCAGCGGCACCAGGGGCACCAGGGGCAGCAGCAGCAACACCACCAGGAGUAACAAGCUCCACGCCAGGUUCCACUGUACCAUCUCAGAUCUGUUCUCCCCACCUCUCAACUCCUCCUGCUCUCCUCUCCCUCCCACCUUCCUUCCGCUCUCCCACCAUCCCUCCCACUGCCCUCCACGCACCAACCCUGCCACAUGAAGCCACAGCGCCAGCAGCACAGCCACAUCUCAACGCCCUCCCCCACCACCCCACCUCUGCCUCGGCCCACACGGACCUGAAUGCUGCUCCAGUAGCAGCUUCGGAAUUAAGUUCGGGUGCAGGCUUGGGAGCACGCGUGGGUGGAGGCGUGGGAGGUUGUGAAGGAGGGGAUGUCGGGAGAGGUGCGAGAGAGGAGGAGGAGGAGAGAGUGGAGGAGGGGAGGAGAGUGGAGGAGGGGAGGAGAGUGGAGGAGGAAAGGAGAGUGGAAGAGGGACGGAGGGUGGUGCAGAGACUGCAGGGGAGGAGGGGGACUGGGAAGGAUUUCUGGAAGAAGAUUGAUGAUGAGAUCGACUCUCUCAUUCUGCCGCACCUCUGCCCGCCUCUCCGCUGCUCUGCCCAGCACAUGGCCCCUCCCCCACAGCGAUCCCUCCCACCCUCUGAGGCCGCCCCUCUCACGCCUCCACCACUCACGCCUCCACCACUCACGCCUCCACCACUCACGCCUCCACCACUCACGCCUCCUCCUCUUGUGCCUCUUCCUCACACCCCUCCGUUUCCUCCUCCCUCUGCUCCCCUCUCCAAUCCCACUGUUCCCCCUGCACCCUCGAUGCUCCAAAUGCUUCACAUCCCCCCUCUCACUGCACCCAGCCCAGCCCACUCUCAUUUCCCACACCUACAUGCCCACCUACAUCCCCACUCACAUCUUCACACACGGCCUUCCGACACUCUCUCUGGCCAUGCCUCAGCAUCUGGUGCCCCCACUGCGGGCCUGGCAAGCAGCAGUGGUCAGCCCACCAGGCAGCAGCAGAGGCCUCAGCAGCAGCCCCACAACCACUCGUCGCUGGUUGAUCCACUUAGCAGGCUCCCCAUCCAUCCCAUCGCUGCAUUCCCCUCCCUCAUCCGCCUCCCCUCCUGCCCCUCCCUCGACUCCCUCCUUGCCUCUCUGCUCCCUCACUCAAACGAGACUUCUGGUAGAGAGCUGCCGGGCCAAGGGCAGGAAGUCAGAGAGGGGGCAUGCAGUGGUGGGGCCAACAACGCUCAUGGGAAUUCUCUGGGAAGAUAUGAGGAGUUUUUUCUGCCCCCAUUUCCUUGGCUCUCGAAGGGUGCUUCUGCUGCUGCUGCAAAGCCGGUUCGGGCACGUGACCGAUCCCGGGCAGCUGAAAAGGUUUCUGGCAGCUUGGACAAAGAGUUUUCACAGAAAGGGGAGACAGAAGGCAGCGUUGGGAUGAGGGCAGGCAUGGAGAAGGAUGGCAAGGAGGGCAGUGAGAGCACGCAUGGCAGUGGCGGUGGGCUAAGUAGAUUGCUAAACAAAGAGCGGAAGUUUAAGCGGUUGAGAGCGGAAAAUGGGGAGGGAAGUGGUGGGCGUGAGGAAGAGGAAUGGACGGAGGAGAGUGAUGAGCGAGAGGAGGAAGCGGAGGCGGAGGAGGAGGAGGCGGAGAAGGUGGAAGAUGAGGAGGAGGCAGAAAAGGUGGAAGAUGAGGGGGAGGGUGAGGAGGGCGAGGGAGAGGGCGAUGAAGGGGAGGAGACAGAUGAUGAGGCGCAGGGGAGGGGGGUGGAACGCCAUGGGCAUGAGGGGGGCAGUGGAAUGGGGGGUGCCAUGGGAGGCACUGGAGCAGGAGAGAACAGGGAGGAAGCUUAUGAGGCUGAUGACGCUGAUGCGGCCGAUGAUGCUGAGUUGGCAGCGUUGGGAGCGCUGGCUGCUCUGGAUGGCCGGGCUGCUCUGGAUGGCCGUGCUGCUCUGGAUGGCCGUGCUGCAGAUCAGGCUACUGAUGCUCAUAACGCGGGCGGCCACGUCUCCCUGCGUGACCACACCCAUGCUGCCCUUCAUCCUCGUGUCCAGCCCCAGCCCCAUGCCCAUGCCGCACUGCCCACUCUCACCCAUGCUCAAGCCCAUGCUCAAGCCCAUGCCCAUGCGUCUCUCUUCCCACCGGUUAGCGCGCUCGCCCCGCCCCAUGGCCCCCUCGCCCUGCCUGCACCUUCCUCCGCAGCUCCCCCUGCCCAUGGCAAGCCAGGCCCGCCGCAGGGGCUAGCGGCACGGGGACCCGCGGCGAGGGGAGUGGCUAAUGGGAUGGGUAGAGGCGUGGAGGAACGAGGGAGAGGGGAGGGAGGACGAGGGAGAGGAGGGCGGAGAGGUGGAGGAGGGAGAGGGGAGGGAGGGAGAGGGAGUGGGAAGGGUGCUGGUGGGAGGGGUGCAGGAGAGGCUGCCACUCCUGCUGCUGCUGCUGCUGCUGCUGCAGGGGCAGCAGGUGCUCAUCCCGCUUCACCUGCACCUGCCCGUCUGAUGCACUCCCCUCUCACUGCUCCCCACCCCAUGCCUCACGCUGCACCCCAUGCUGCUGUUGCUGCUGCUGCUGCUGCUGCUGCUGCUGCUGCUGCUGCUGCUGCUGCUGCUGCUGCUGCUGGUGACACUGGUAAUGUGGGUGGCUUGACGCCUCUGGUUCUCCCCCCGCCUGAGUUCAAGCCCAGGCGAACCUCCUCCCUCUCCUCCUCCUCACCACUCCUCCGGCCCCCUCCUCUCCUCCUUUCGUCCUUCUCUCCUCUCCCUCCCGCUGCCACUGCGACAGCAGCAGAGCCGGGCGAGGCUGCGAUGAAGAUAUCUCUGGUUGGAUCUGGGGAGGGGAAGGCUUUUCUGGGCGCUGGGAGGGCGAAGGGCAGAGGGGAUGGCGGGCAGUUGGGAGGCGGCCAGGGGAAUAUUUCUCGCCUCUCUGCUCUCGCUUCGGCACUAGCAGGAGCAGGAUCAGCAGGAUCAGCAGGAGCAGCAGGAGCAGGAGCAGCAGCAAGGGGGGCAGGAGGGGGAGCAGCAGCAGCAGCAGUGGUGGCGGUGGAGGAGGAGGAGGAUGCGGUGGCUGCUCUGGCUGCCAUGGCCAGUGCUGCUGCUGCCCUGGCUGGUGGCCUCGAGAACGUGGCUGAAACACGCGAUGCUCGGGACGAGCCGAGUGCGCGGGGUCCAAAGGGCGGGAAGCAAAGCAGCGCAGGUGCGGAUCCUUCUGCCUCUCCCGCUUCUCGCGCUCGUGGUGCUGGUGCUGCUGGGGUUGCAGGCAGCAGCGGCAAGCAGGUAAGUGGUCAUGGGCGUGCCAAGGGGGAGGCAGCAGCAGGGGCAGGUAAGGUGCGUGGUCCUAAUGCAGGAGGGAAGGCGGAGGGCCCUGCUGGGAAGCCAGCAGAAGGAGCAGCAGCAGCACCAGCAGCAGCGGCGGCGGCGGCCGCUGCCAGAGGCGGCAGUUCAAAGCUUGGGAAGAAGCACAAGGGCCCUUCAGCAGUGCGGAAGCUGAGUGUGGCGGGCGCAGAGGGGGCGCCUGUAGCAACUGGAGGCAGUGUGGCUGGCCGUGGCGGUGCUGCUGCUGCUGCUGCUGCUGCUGCUGCGAGGCAGGAGGCGGGGGGCAUGCUGGGCCACCUGGCUGCUCUGCUGGAGCACAGCAGCGCAGGAGGAGAGGGUGGUGCGGGUGGGGGGGCUGAUGGGGCUGAUGGGCUUACUGCUGGCGAGGUAGCAGGUGGGGUAAGGGGAGCGUCACGGGGUGCAGUGGUGGCAGGAGGUGGUGGUGGUGCGGGUGGUGGGGGUGGGAAGAGAGGGAAGGGUUCUGGUGGAGUGGAGAGGAUGGAGGGGAAGAAAGGGCCAAGGGAGCGGGGCAGAGAGCAUGCCAUGGCACUGCAGGGAGCAGCAGCAGCACUGGCAGGGGCUGCUGCAGUUGGGCCUGGGGCAUUUCAGAGAACCGUAGGUGCCACUGCCGCUGCUGCCGCUGCUCUUGCUGCUGCUCCUGCUCCUGCUGCUGCUCCUGCUCCUGCUCCUGCUGCUGCUGCUGGAAAGGCCUCGCCACGUGUAGGCCCUUCCGUUGCUCCCACAGCAUCCAGACUGGGCGGUGAUAUCAAGGCUAAGGCCUCCCACACGGCUGCUACUGCUGCUGCUGCUGCCGCGGAUCACACGGGCAAGAAACGUGCCAAGGCAGGAGCAGCAGCAGGGAGGUCCCCUCUCGCCCGCCCCCUUGCCCCCCCACACGUGCCUUCUCUAGAUCGUGGCGAAAGGGGCGGAGAUGGAGGGUUGGGAGAGGCGAACCCAGUGCGAGGAGGGGGAGGAGCGGAGAUGGGUGCGGAUGGUUGGGAGGGUGCAGGGGGCGUGGGGAGUGAGGAGGCAGCAGGGGGUGCGAAGAAAGGGCGAGGCUGGCCCAAGGGCUCCAAGAAGACUGGCAAGAGAGGUGACUCCCCAGCCCCACCACCCCCUCCUGUGGCAUCACCAGCAUCAGCAUCGUUACAUGCAGCAGCGGGAAGCAGGGAAGCAGGGGCGGCAGGAGGAGCGGGAGCAGGGCGAGGUGGUGCAGGGGUGCCCCCCAAGGAGGAUGCGGCUGCUCUCAUGCUCUUCUCCCUCGCACAGUUGGCUGAGGAGGCGGAGGAGGAGGAGGAAGAGGAGGGCGAGGAGGAGGUGGGAGGGAAGGGGGCAGGUCGAGAUGGAGCAAGUGGAGCAGAGGUAAGUAACGAGGAUGCGAAUGAGUUUGCAGCUGGAGCAGCAGCAAGCGAGGGCAGGAUGUUUCGGCAAGGAGGCAGAGAUGGAGAGAUGGGAGAAGGGAGACAUCAAGAAAGUGGGAUGGGGAGUGGGAUGGAGGUGGAAAAGGGGCAGGCGGAGGAGCAGGAAGAGGAAGACGGGGCGGAAGAGGCGGAGGAGGAGAGGGUGGUGCUGGUGGUGCCGCGAAAGCGAAGGCGAACCGCAACGGAGCCUGUGGCAGUGCGAGGAGCGCAAGGGGGAAUGCCAGGUCCACAGGCACAGCGCCACACGCAGAAACUAGAGAAGAAGGGAAGGCAGAAAGCUCUGGGUAGAUCCACUGAGGCGGAGGAAGAGGUGGUCGUCGUUGAUUCCCAUUCGCGCAAAGAAGGCACUCUGCGCUCUCACUCACCCUCCCCAUCCCCACCAGCACACACAUCGCCAUCACCAUCGGCAUCACCAUCGCAAUCACCGAUGUCAUCACGACCAGCAUCACCAGCUCGCAGCGGUAGCUUCGAGGAUGCCAGUGGUGGGGGCGGUGCCGCCCUCUCCUCCUUCCCCCUUGCUGCACCUUCUGCUCCCUCUGCCACUCCGUCUGCCACCCCCUCUGCCACUCCGUCUGCGACUGCCACUGAUGACAGUGACGACGCGGGCCCCUCAACUGCUGCUGCUGGGCGCAGAAGGGCGGGCAAGGCAGCCAGGAGGCGGUACUGCGAGCAGGACGAGGAAGAGGCGGAGGAGGAGGGAGAGGAGCGAGUGGGGGGAGCGGAGGAGGAGCCGGGGGAGGCGGAGGAUGAGGAGGAAGAGGACAAGCCGAGGCGGCGGCGCAGGCAGAAGCUGCACCUGCUGCCAGAAACGCCCGUUGCCAAGGGAGGUGGGAGGAAGAAGGCUGCCAAGGGCAGGACGGGAGGGGCGGAAAGGGGGAGAGGAGAGUGAUGGUGUGACGACAGUGGGGAUGGGUGGGGGGAGAGGAGCUGCUGCUGCUGGGCGGGUCGUGGCUUUCAAUGCCACUGGUCGUCGCAGCAGCUUCAGCUGUGACUCUUGACACUGCUGCUGCUGCUGCUGCCACAGGUGCGGCUCGUUCGAAGGGAGAGCUUUGAGCCAGAGCUCUGCAUCUGCUUCCAAAGACGCCUGUUUCGACGGGAGGGGGGAGGAAGGGGGGAUGCACGGGCGGGAAGGGAGGGGCAGAAGGGGCAAGAGGAGGCGAUGGUGCACAAGGUGGGGGGGUCAGCGGUAGGAAGGGGGUCUUGUGCGCGCACCGUACGCCAGCUUUUCCAUACAUGACUAUCAGUGGCAAGGUUUGCUGAAGCUCGUUGGCUGUCUUUGUUUUUAGGUGUAAUUGAAGCCAAUCGCC